ACUCCUUUUUUUUAUUACAUGUUCAGUGUUGUUUGAAGUCUAGGGGGGCGGUGUUGUUGGGUCGGGAGCUUGCUGAGGUUUUGUGUUACAACAAUUGGUGUUGUACAUUCAGCUGGUUUAUAAACACCUCGAUCUCCACUGCUUUUCAGGAUAGAAGAAAGGCUUUAAUAAUCCUCUUGCCCACUCGUUUCUGGUGUCGUUGAUUAUAAGGACUUCGCGUCUUCAACGUCAACACAUCCUUAACAACUACUUUUCCUUCUUCUUGCACUUCAAUUGUUUGAAACCAGGGAGGGAUAAACCCAAGUGGGCAUCCUGGUCGGCUCGGAAGGAAAACCGACAAGAAACCAACAACAACAGAAACCGGUCAUCAGCACUUCAAGAGAAGAAAGAAGACAAGGAAAAGAUAAAUGAUAAUGUAUCAUCGUCACUCAAACGAAAACAUCAGACAGUCUCGUCCAUUCGACUACGACCGCUCCUCAACUAACUCAACCACCUACCAGGACAGACUGCCAAUCAGACCAGACGAACGGCACCAUCACCACCACCAUCAUAACCAUCAUCAUCCAACAGGCUCAACAGCAGCAGCAGCACCACCACCACCAAGCUCAACAGCAACAGCAGCAUCACAUCCCCACCACAACCAAGCACACCCUCACCCUCAAUUCGAACAACGAAGAUAUCCAUCUUCAACCUAUCACCACCAUCAUCAGACUAGCAGCACGAGGAUCCAUCAGAACAUCCCUGGCACAGCCGAUCAUCGAUUUCCUUCACCAUCCACCGAUAGAUUAUCUCGAUCACAACCUAAUAGCGCACCUCGUCGAAUCGACUACCCUGAAAGAACCAUCCAAGCACGUCAGAUGACCACCGCCCAAAACAAUCACUCCAACGGGAGCUUUGAAGACUCUAGGCGGACCUAUGAGCACAACAGGAGUAGCACUACAACCAAUAAUAAUAAUCCUAGCAGCAAUAAGGCCUAUGACGAUCAUCCUUCUUCCAAUAACCAUAAUAAUCAUACCAGCACCACUACCCCAAUCAACUCGAGCAAUACUCAUCAUAUCCAUCGCAGAUCAGACGAAUUUCCUGCAUCCCGUUCGGCCCGUUAUAAUCCGUAUCCCCCUUCUGGUCCUCGGGCUGAUUCUCACUUGCCACCAUCAAUCGGCCGCAUCUCCAACGGGGUCACUGGCCAUGCUGCUUAUCAUUCAUCCUCCAGCGGUCCACCAGCCUAUGAUGAGCGUAUGCCAGCCUCUCGUAGUCAUGAGCACAUCCCACAAAGAACCUAUGAUCCCAACAGUCAAUUCAACCACGGUCCUCCAAAGGAUAAGUCCCCUCCAUCCCAAUCCGUCAUCUUCAUGGGUCUGCCGAUCCAUACCGACGAAGCCAAUCUCAGAGCAUUCCUCGAAGAAUCUGGUGCAUCGGUUGAUAGUGUGACGAUAAUCUAUGAUCGGAUCACCGGCCAGAGCAAACGCUAUGGAUUUGCUCGCUUCCUCAGUGUUGAACAUGCCCGGGCCUUCGUCGAACCUGCAUUCCCGAUGGUGGUCUGGAAAGAGCCUAGUGGUUCGAGGUUCGAUCGAUCCGGUGACGGUUUGAAGGUCAAGAUCGAUUACAGUCAAAAGGAAAAAGUACCGUUCGAAGUCAGACAGCGAGAGCGUGAACUCGCCCCACGUAGCACCCCAGCCACCCCCUUCAUCAGUGAAAUACCUAAUCAAUCCACUUACUCGUACAAAUCAUCCUCAGAGUCCUCACUAACAACCGUCAUCAAUGAUGGUGCCCGAGAUAUUGGCGGGACACCUACCUCGAUCCUGUUACUCAGAGGUCUCGAUCCGCUUUCCACCGAACAGGAAAUUGCUCAACAUUUGCAACACAUUCCCGAUCCUUCUCAGACUGUCUUGCCCGAGUCGAUCCGGAAAGUAAUGCUGAUUAAGGAUCGGGCCACACGUUCCAGUUGGGGUUAUGCAUUUGUUCAAUUUGCCGAAGUACAGGUCGCUGUCAAGGCUUUGUCACUGUUACUCAAUACCAGCUUAUUCCCUCGAGGGUUUCAGAUCAGAUCACGCACGAUCACCGUCACCUUUGCUCAUGAGCACUCGUUCCAUCCAAUUUACACCCCUUCAGAUUGGUCGUUCAGAGGAGCUAGUGGCCAAGAGUUGGCAUACUGGGAUGACAAAGCUUACGCAGCUCUUUAUAUCUCACCUAUAGCAGAACCCGAUCGGUCUCCAUCGACUAGCAGCAAGACCAAGGCACCAACAGAAUCCAAGCAAGCAGAAGAAGCCAGCAAUGGCAGACAUGAAGAGACUGAUGUGGAUGAAGUGCUUACAUCUAUUGAUCCUGAAUCGGAAAGAAAUUCAACCAAGAAGGAAAUCUCGAUUGACCAAGAGAACUCAUUCAAGCAUCAAGCCAAGUCUGACACUUUGAAUAACCGUGAAGCUAACACAGGCGAUAGACUGACAAUGGAAUCGCAGACCUCUGAAGACCCGAAGAACGAGAAUCUCAAGGCAGAACUGAAGACUCAAGCAGAUCUCAUCAACCCUGGAGAAGGAGGCUCGCAACAAAUUGAGAACAUGAAUUCUAAGCCAAAGGGCGCUGAAAUCAAGACUGAGAAGAAAAAGAAUGGCGUUGAACCUAUCGCAACUAAGAAGAUGGUCGCCAACAUUCAAAAAUGGCAAAGCAAACAUCAAGAAAUCGCUUCUGCUGGAACAUCGGAAGAGGAGAAGUCUCAUCUCACCAUAGCCCCUGAACACCUUGUCGUUGAUGAAGACGAUUUUAGUGAUUUCAAUCGCUUGACUUGUGUACUAUGUCAAAGACAAUUCAAAUCUCCCGAGGAUUUGCAAAGACACAAUAACCUAUCGAACCUUCACAAAACCAAUUUACAGAACGAGAAACUGAAGAAGAUAGCGCGAGCGAAGAAGGCGGCUAGUCUGGCGAAAAAGCUGAACAACCCAGGAGCCGCUGUUCCCGCCCCGAAUGCUGCCACCACGUCGGCGACGGCAGAGGGCAGUGGAGCCAAGUACACCGAUCGUGCGGCGGCAAGGAGAGAGGCCUACGGGCAGCCCGAUGCGCCUAACGCAGACAAACACGAGGCUAAGAAGGCCAGAUAUGAGCCCGCCCCUGCUCCCGCCGUACCCGCUGCCCAGCCAGAUAAAGACGGGAUCCAAGCCACUAAUGUCGGCAGUAAGAUGUUGGAGAAAAUGGGCUGGCAAAAGGGCGAAGGAUUAGGCAAUGGGAACGGGAGAGUCGACCCAGUACAAGCGGCCCAAUACUCAAAAGGCGUCGGCCUUGGUGCCUCAUCUAGUGUUCCAGUCGGUCAAUAUGAGGACUCGAAGAAAGGAUUCUUGGACCAAGUCAAGGAUAAAACUGUCGAUCGAUUCAAUCAAGAUCAGUCUUAAUUUCGACCUCAAACAAUCCUCUCCCCCUUCACCCCUUCCUGACCCCCCCCCCCCCCCCUCACUCUUCUCUCAUCAUCUUGAUCACUGGCUUGGCUCACUUGUGAAAAUCAAAAGCUUUGAAGAAAAAAAUAUAUGCAAAAGUCAUCUCUUUUUUUGUUAUAAAUUAGUAGUUAGAUACAUAUAUAUAUAUAUAGGUUAUAGAUCAGAUCUUGCGUGUUUGUGUA